UAUAAUCCCUAUACACAAUCUGCGGAAGUGAUGUAGAAAAAAUGCCGCCGGCUUUCCGCAAUCAAAGGUGAGAGAGAGAGAGAGAACAUGCCAGCUGGAGCUGUCACAAUCCAUAACGAAUCUUACGAACAAUGGUGUUGAAUGAUUAUCCGGAUCCAGAAAGGGUGGGAUGUGGUUUUAACGCGUUUAAAGAGAUAGACGAAGUGACCGCCCUGAUAGUGGAAUUGAGAAAGUCAGACUUAUCGCCGAGUCUAGUGGAGAGGAAUAGGGAUCGUUUCAACUUUAUUUUGUCUCAAUAUCAAGAUCAGCAUCAACUUCUAGACCCAUAUCUUGAGAGGAUUCUGGGAUCUUUGUUAUCUAUUAUAAAAGAUGAUGGCUGUGCAGAAAACAUCAAGCAUAACACGUUCAAAUAUUUAUUUAUCAUCAUGUCCGUAAAAACAUAUAAAAAGAUCGUUACUUACCUUCCACACGAGGUGGUAGAUCUUUUACCUGUACUAAGAAUGCUUGAGAAGCAAAAUUCAAACGACGUUGAGACCUGGGAAACUCGAUAUGUUCUCCUUGUUUGGUUAUCUAUUAUUUCAAAAAUACCUUUUCCCUUAUCUCGUCUAGAGACAUCUGAGAAUGUAGAAUCAGAACAGACUAUUGUUGUCAGGAUCUUAAAAGUAUGUAAAUUAUAUUGCUUGUCAAAAGAUGCUUGUGCUGUAGCAGCAGUAUUCUUAAUAUCAAACUUUUUAACAAGGUCUGAUGUCAAAAAAUUAUAUCUGGAAGAAAUGAUAAUGUGGUGCUUAAAGUGCAUAGAAGAUGAUCCUUUGAGACAUGGACCUUUGGCUGUAAUUGCCUCGAUAUUAAAACAUAGUGCCAGAGAAGAUGUUAAACCAUAUAGUCAAAUGCUUCUUGAUAAUAUGUUGAAACUUCACUUAAAUGACAAUCCAGCAGACCUUAUCAGAAAAUUUGGGAUAAAGGUUGUUCAGCGCAUAGGUUUGGUGUUGUUGAGAACAAAAUUAGCAUCUUGGCGAUAUCAGAAGACAAGCCGACCGAUAAACAUUAUACCGAAUGUUAAGGCGGAUUAUAUUAUCGAAAAUGUUACCGAUCUUAAGAAAACUAUUUCUAACGACAACGAAGAUCAGGAAAUUCCUCCGGCUAUUGAAGAUAUUAUAGAACAACUCAUACAGGGUCUUCGGGAUAAAGCAAUCACUAUAAGAUGGUCCGCAGCGAAAGGUAUCGGCAGAAUAACAGCGAGACUACCGGUUGACUUAGCCGAUGAUGUGUUAGGGUUCGUAUUGAAUCUGUUUUCCGGACGUGAAUCCGAUUCGGCGUGGCACGGUGGUUGUUUGGCGCUCGCGGAACUCGGAAGGCGUGGCUUAUUGCUGCCUCAUCGUUUAAGCGACGUUAUUCCAGUAGUUCUACAGGCUUUAGUCUUCGAUGAACCUCGAGCCUAUGGAUCGAUCGGUUAUCUCAUCAGAGACGCCGCUUGUUACAUAUGCUGGUCUUUCCCGAGAGCUUACGAUCCUCACGUUUUCGAACCUUAUGUCAAGGAAAUUGCGGCAAUGUUAUUGGUGGUAACAUGCUUCGAUAGAGAGAUAAACUGUCGGAGGGCAGCAUCCGCUGCAUUUCAAGAAAAUGUUGGCAGACAGGGCAACUUUCCACAUGGUAUAGAUAUACUGACUGUCGCUGAUUAUUUCGAAGUUGGUGUGAGGAGCCACACAUACCUGAAAAUCAGUGUCCAAAUUGCACAAUAUGAGGAAUAUACAAAACCGUUGAUAGACCAUCUAGUUGCCAAAAAAGUUACACACUGGGACACUGCAAUUAGAGAACUUUCAGCUAGAUCACUUUUCAAUUUGACGGCAGCUGAUCCACAUUAUAUGAUAAGCACGGUACUACCGACUUUGUUGGACAUGUUAAAUUCUAUCGAUUUAAACGUUAGACACGGUGCAGUAUUAGCAACUGCGGAGAUCCUCGAAGCUUUAUAUAAUCAUUUUAACGACAAGAUUGAAAAUAUCAUUGGAACCACGGCUGUGUCUGACAUACAAGACAUUGUACGAAUUUUUAGAAGUAGAGGACAAUUUAAAGGACUCGGGGGAGAGCUGAUGAAACAAGCUUGUGCUGUGCUAAUCAAGAAAUGUUCUAUCGUUCACUUCCCUAUUCAUAUGACUGAUGUUGUAGAUGAUUGGCAGAAGCUAUUGGAAGAAUGUUUGAGCCACGAGGUGUCGGCAGUUAAAUUAAAAGCAGCCGAAGCUCACACAAACUUUUUUGUAGAAUACUAUAUAGACAUCGAUUAUGAUGCUCGGAGUGCUGUAAUUAAUCGUUAUUUGGAAUCUCUGCGAUCGAGCAAUCAGUCUAUCAGGAUAGGUUUCGCACAAGCAAUCGGUCAUUUUCCAUUAUUCGUUGUUCGCGAAAGAGUGAAAGAUAUUAUAGAAGCGUUAAUAAUGUGCACCGAUAUAUCUGCAAGCACGUUAAAAUGGGCAGAAAGUAGGAAAGAAGCUCUGCAUUCUUUAAUAAUGAUAUGCCAAACGUUAGGAAUUGACGAAGCAGACAAGUGGCAAUCGUUUAUGCCUGAUCUGUAUAAUUGUUAUCUAUUGGCUCUUAAAGAGUACACGAUAGAUAGCCGCGGGGACAUAGGCGCUUGGGUGAGAGAAGCUGCUAUGAUCGGAUUACAUAUAUUGACAAACUUGGUGUCACAGGCGAAACUAUUAUCUAUAUUGAAUGAAAACUUGAUGGCCAGCAUCAUCGGUGGUAUCGCACAGCAGGCUGUUGAAAGAAUAGACGGAAUUCGAGCUCAAGCUGGUACUGUAUUUAGCGCGCUUAUACACAGCGAACCAACACUUCCCAAUAUUCCAUAUCACGAUGAACUGAAAACUAUAUUUCCUCUUAAUGAAUGUAAGGAGAAUAUCGAGUGGAGGAUGGAAUCUGCAACAUUUCCGCGAUUUAUUAAGAUGUUGAGUUUCCCGCCAUAUAAAAUAAAUCUGUUACGCGGAAUUAUAUUUAGUGUUGGCGGCUUAAGCGAAUCAUUGGUGAAAUACUCAAGUGUGUCCCUAUUUACUUAUUUACAAGAGAUCGACGAAGUGGGCUUGAAGGAUAUAUGUGAAAAGAUUUUAAGUAUAUUCGAAGAAAGUCACAAAAAUGAGAGAAUGAUAACAUCAAUGUUAGCUUUUCUGGAUCGUUUAUUGAGUUCAGGCUGUAUUCAGUCCAUCUUGGAUGAUGCAGACAAUACAAUCUCGGAACAUAUAUUGACGUUAUUGAAACAUGAGAUAAAAUUUUCCAGUAAUAUGAAACUGCUCAUCAGUAGCAUAAAUGUUUUCUGUCAGUUGCUGCAAGUACGAGGUCCGGUCGCAAAGAGAGCCUUUUGUCAGUUGAGUAUAUUUUUGUGUCACAAAUAUACAUGCCUGAGAAAGACUACGGCUAUACGUACUUAUGAGGCUUUAACUCUUUACGGAGAAGAAAUGGAUAUAACGGAAGAGGAUUUAGCAAACAUACUGACAAAAUUGAAUGCUACAGAUUGGGAACAACCUAUCGCAGAUUUACGUCCAAUCAGAAAUCAAUUGUGCGAGCUAAUGAAAGUACCCGCUCCAGUUUUGCAAAUAAAGUCAAUAAAUUAAAAGAAGAGCAGAGUUUUGCACAGAGA